AUGUCGAAUUACGCACGUCCAUUACCCUCCCACCUGCGCAACCAGUCGCUAGGCGGCUCGCAACAGCAAUCUCCAGUGCUUCUCGCACGCAUCGCAGAAAAGAAGGCCGAGCUCGCGAAUUUGAAGGACUUGGAAGCGCUCAGUGGAGGGUUGGCCGACCAGAUGCAAAUGCUUGCUGAUAAGCUGCAGACGCUGUCUGAUGGUACGGAAGCGGUCGCAGCAGUCCUCUCAAACUGGCACAACGUUCUAAGGGCCAUACAUAUGGCAUCCACAAAACUACCCAGACCCAAAGAUGAGGAAAGCGUCGAAAAGGAGGGCGAAGACAGCCCACCAUUGCCCCAAACGCUUGUCCGCAUUCCUACGCAGCAUGCGCCUACUGUGAUAGAGCAAGCGAACGCGGGGGGUUCCGCGGAUUGA